GAAGCCAGGAAGAUAACAAGGCCAUGCAAUAGAGACGCACCGAUCAGUGAUUGGUCAGCCUCUUCCCAGUUGGCCCGGACUGUCCAAUCGCGGGUCAGUCCGCAAAACCAGUAGCGAUUAACGCAACUGUACGCAUAUCACGUUGCGCACAUGGAUCGGGUCGAGGAGACCACGCCACACCCAGCAGACCGAGGCAGAGUGCCUGUGCUGGAGGAACGGCUUGUGUAACAGCUGUAUCAGCCAGUCGCACCGAAAGCAACCAGUUGCGCCAGCACCGUGCCUUGUUGAAAUGUCCAGUACGCAGAGGAGGCGGCGCAUGCAGCGGCCUCUCAGCGCGACAGGGGCCGAUAACUAGUAGAGGAUAUUCGGACACAGUUUGUGAACAACCCUGUUUACAUGCUUGUGUUUUUACCGCAGCUGUAGCCACUUCUUGGAGGAAUGAGAGGCCUAUGUUCGGCUCUAAAAAUGGGAUUGUUUUUGCACGCCGUUGGCUCUGUCACCCCCACCGAGUCCGCAGUAGACAGGAGCCUACUGCACUGUGAAGGUGUUAACAACCAGAGCUACGUCUGUGAGUCUGGACACUGCUGUGGAGAGUCUCAGUGCUGCAGCUACUACUAUGAGCUCUGGUGGUUUUGGUUGGUGUGGGCAAUCAUCUUCAUUUUGAGCUGCUGCUGCGUUUGCCACCAUCGCCGCACCAAACACCGGCUGCAGCAGCAACAACGGCAGCACGAGAUCAACCUCAUAGCUUACCGUGAAGCACACAACUACCCCUCUGUGCCCUUCUACUUCAGGUUUCUGCCAAACUACCUCCUGCCUGACUAUGAAGAGGUGGUCAACCGGCCACCGACCCCUCCCCCUCCCUACAGUGCCUUACACACAGGCCCAUCCUCAGUGGCUUCGAGUCCACUUGCCUCGGAGCAGCAGGAGGGACACUGUCCAACCAUCCAGCCCACUCCAGUGCCCCAAGUCUCUGACAGUCUGUGUUGCAGACCCAGCAUAGAGGAGCCGCAACCUCCCACUUUAGACUUUAGGCCAAAGCCUGACAACAAGCCCAUGCAGACAGCACAAGAUUCAGGCAUGAUACUGUUGUCAGAUGGGCUCAAUAGGGAGGGACUCACCAGCCAGGAAAAAAGAAGCGGAAGUGGGGAAGAGUCCUGCAAGGACCCGUUGCUGAAGGACCUGUCAGAGGGUUGCGCUGAGGACAAAGAUCGACUCCCCAAUGGAAGGAGGAGGCGAUUUACAGGGGACUCUGGGAUUGAGGUGUGUGUGUGCGGCACACGUGGAGGCAGCAGUUGUAGUGGAGCAGGAGAGACAGGCCAGGAAGGCAAGGAGUUGAGGGAGCUAGAGAGUCUCCUGGGGCGCGAGGGAGACGUCGACGACGAGGAGGAGGAGGAGGAGGGGGAGGAGGCGGGUGACUUCUGCGACAGCUGCGGUCAUCGGGCCUCCUUCAGCGUGGAGGAGGAGCAGGUGCUGGGUGGGCUGGAGAGGCGGGCCGCACGUGGGCCUUCAGGAUCUCCUCAGCCGGCUCAGCAGAUAGGCAGCGGCUCGCUCCACCCUCCUGUGUGUCUCCUCCUCCACACCAUCAAUGAGCAGGAGGGGCCGCACCACAACACCAGCACUGAGCCGCAGGGCUGAAACACAGCUGACACACCAUUGUCAUCGAGGGAAGGAGAACACUUAGGACAGGACAUGGAGACAUUGCUUUCGUAUUUGAGCAAGUAUUUAUGUCUAAAUGCUUUCUAAGUGAGUAUUUUUAUGAAUGUGUGCAUCUUAGAUAAAACAGAUGUGGGCGCAGGAAGGGGAUUCUCAACUAAAUAAGAGUGAGAUCCAAAGGUUUAGAAAGCCUGGUCCUCCCCACACUGGAACAGUGGCCUUAACCUGUGUAUUUUGGGUUAUACUGGGGCAGUGCAAGCCCUUUAACAGCCUGUGGCAAUUCAGACUUCUCACACUGCACACACGCAUGCACACAUGCGCACACACAUACUGAAUACACACACAUAGUCUGUCAGAUGUCCCUCAUUUACAAUGGAAGCUACUGACAUAGUCAAAGACUUGAUAGCUGAAGCUGUUAUGUCAGAACAGGACGUUCACUGCCUAGGAUUAUUGCAGCUCUCUAAACACACACACACACACACACACACAGCAGGAACAUUUUGAAUGAGUGCAAUGUGGAAUUGCCACAGUGUGUGUUUAUGCAAGCUGAUACUGUACAGGGACACCAGAACAAGACUGUGUGGGACAUCCUGUUAGACUCUUGCUUCUCAAGUGCUUUUUCAGCGAUUAAAAACCGCUCUGCCUUGUGUCUGUUUUUGUUGCUCUCUAUCUGCCCCGCCAGUGAUAGAUGAGUAUAAGUGCAUUAACAGAUCUUCGUAUGAGCAGUUCCUAUUUUGCACAAAAUGUAUUUAUCCUCAUAAAUGAAGCUUUUGGCUAGAAAAUCAAAACAAAAGUUUUUCUUGUUCAUAAAUUCAGUCUUACAUUGCAGUACAUGAUUAGUUUCUUAUGGUUUUGUUGCAACAUCUGUAAAAAAAAAUGGACCUCUGUGAAUUGUUAGUGGGGAAUGCAACACAUUCUCUUUGUAUACAAUCAUUUUUAAACUUAAUUUAAUGAAUGUUUCUAGUAUGUGCCUACCCAAAAAAUGCAGAAUGUUGAUGAACAACAAUAAGCCUCAGUGAAACUGAGAGACCAUCAGAAAGCAAGUACUAAAACCAAGAAAACAAUACUAAGCUUCUUAGAGGUUACAACUGAGACGGGCGACAUCAGAUGUGAAACUUUUGUUAGUCACUUCAGUAUCUUACCACCUUCACCAGCUGUACAGUAUGAAAAACAAAGAUUUACUAAAGAUUACUCUUUAUGUUGGAUUUUCAUAUCAGCACAAUUUUUUACCAUACUUUAGUUUUGGUAUUCUCUGAUUAAACAUUUCUAACAGCCUCCUAAAGAGUCCAUUAAAGAAGAUUUUGAUUAACUGAUUUUUCUCCUGCAUUUGUGCUAUUUAAUCUGAGAAAUUCUCCUUGUAGUUUGUGCACACAAUACGUGUAAUAUGAAGCACUUAACCCCACAGGGUAUUUCAGAACAUUAUUUCACUGACAGCUGCAGCGUGUUGAGCGGAAAAAUACUUCUUUGUGGGGGUGAGGCAUGAGAACAGAUUGAAAUUAAUUAUCUUAGAUAAAGAAUAAAUGAGGAAACAAAGAAUCAGAUUAGGUAAUAAAAUAACAGUCUGAUAGUUUUCUGUGGUUGUUUUGUAAUAUGUGAAUAUCUUAAGUUUUCACACAACAGGGAUUUUCCUGAUAAGCAUGUUUUUUUUUUAUGAUUACCAAAAGAGUUUUGGCACAAGAUGUGAUUAAUGAGCAACUUGUGCAAUUCUACAUCAUGGACAUAAAACAAAGACCAUUUAGAAAAAGCACUGAAUAAUCAAAGUAAUCAAAUCCAUUAAUGUUUAAACUCAUCAGUUUGAAAUAACUUAAAGAGCUUGAAUGUUUUUAAAUUAAACCUCCCAAACCAAAACCUCCAGGAGCUGUAAUGCUGUAAUACAGAAGUGUUGAUUGAUGAUGGAAAAUUGAUUGGCCUCAGGUCAUAUAAUGAACAUGAUGUGUGAAACUUUUUAAGUAAAAUUUUUGUUAGCCCACUCUCUAAAAUGCCAUUGUGUCAUGGAAAUAUAUUUUUUCCAGACCUUUUCUCGGAGCACACUCAAAAACGCACACAUUGCAAUGUCUGCUGAGCACAACUGUUUUAGCCAUCGGUCUCUCAGAUUGAUCUACAUACCCUGAAACAAUCUAACAGAAGAUGUCUCCCAAACGUUUGUAGCACAAGUUAAACUGUAACAUGUGAACUUUAUGUAUUAACGGUAAGGUGAUUGAAACCUGAACACACUCUAAAGUGCUUUGUAUGUUAAUGCUUUUUGUGAACUAGAAAAUGUAAUUGUGGUACAUGUAGUACAGAGAUGAGCUAUUUUUCAUAUCAGCUGAAUCCUUUAAAAAUUACUCAAACUGUAUAAAAUUUCAAAACCACUUUAUAUUUGCAAAUUGAGUACAAUAUUCUGUAACAUGUUUGUGAACCAAAUAGUUACUCUCAUAAUUUUUUUAUGAAAUCAUUAGCUUAAUUGUUAUGGACAGAUUUACUUUUUGUCAUUAUGGGUAUUAUUAUUUUUUCUGUUGAAAAAAGAUUUAACUUCUUAUCCUGAAGAUGUGUGAAGGGUACAUUUGACUAACAAUACAGUAGUUAAUUUGUUAACAAGAUCAGGGGCAUCUUGCCAAAGACACUUUUUAUUUCUUCACUAGUGUGUGUAAGGUGGUUUUGCACAUAUUUUUUGAAUGUUCUGAUCAUAAGCCAUUUAUUACAACUACCAAGAUGGAUGUAUGUUAAAUAAACAUACUCUUAAAUUCAG